AGGCAGAAAUCCGCAAACAUGGUCGGCGCCUGCCCCUGCGGCUGGGGUGGGACUGCCCUGGCCGGGUGGUUGCUCUUGUCCUUCGGCAGCUUGGCCACUAGUCAGAUCGAGGAACAAGCAGAGCAGUUCUUUAGAAGCGGCCACACAAACAACUGGGCUGUUCUGGUGUGUACAUCCCGAUUCUGGUUUAAUUAUCGACAUGUUGCAAAUACUCUUUCUGUGUAUAGAAGUGUGAAGAGGCUAGGUAUUCCUGACAGCCACAUUGUUCUGAUGCUUGCAGAUGAUAUGGCCUGCAACCCUAGGAAUCCCAAACCAGCUACAGUAUUUAGUCACAAGAAUAUGGAACUAAAUGUAUAUGGAGAUGAUGUGGAAGUAGAUUAUAGAAGUUAUGAGGUAACCGUGGAGAAUUUUUUGCGAGUAUUAACUGGGAGGAUCCCACCUAGUACUCCUCGGUCAAAACGUCUUCUUUCUGAUGAUAGGAGCAAUAUUCUUAUUUAUAUGACAGGACAUGGUGGAAAUGGUUUCUUGAAAUUUCAAGACUCUGAAGAAAUUACCAACAUAGAGCUUGCAGAUGCUUUUGAACAAAUGUGGCAGAAAAGACGCUACAACGAGCUGCUGUUUAUUAUUGAUACUUGUCAAGGAGCAUCCAUGUAUGAGCGGUUUUAUUCUCCUAACAUAAUGGCUUUGGCUAGUAGCCAAGUGGGAGAAGAUUCACUCUCGCAUCAACCUGAUCCUGCCAUUGGAGUUCACCUUAUGGAUAGAUACACAUUUUAUGUCUUGGAAUUUUUGGAAGAAAUCAAUCCAGCUAGCCAAAAUAAUAUGAAUGACCUUUUUCAGGUAUGUCCGAAAAGUCUGUGUGUGUCUACUCCUGGACAUCGCACUGAUCUUUUUCAGAGGGAUCCUAAAAAUGUCCUGAUAACCGAUUUCUUCGGAAGCGUACGGAAAGUGGAAAUUACAACAGAGACUAUUAGUUUGCAACCAGAUUUAGGAAUCAUGGAAAGCAGGGAUAAGGAGGACUGGGUGGAUGAGGAACUAGUGGAGCCCCUGAGAUAUGCCGAGCAACUUCCUGUAGCCCAGAUAAUACACCAGAAACCAAAGCCGAAAGAUUGGCAUCCUCCCGGGGGCUUUAUUCUGGGACUGUGGGCUCUCAUUAUCAUGGUUUUCUUCAAAACUUACGGAAUCAAGCAUAUGAAGUUCAUCUUCUAGACGUGAUGAUGUAUAAAGACGACUGCAUGGACGACUGCACCCUUGGAUAAAAACUUACAUCAUAUCUUCUAAAAAAUACAUUGCUCUUGUGCGAAUUGGCAAAAAGUAUAAGGAAAUUAUAAAUUUGGUGAACUAUUGUCUUUUAACUGAAAGAAAAAUAAUUGUUAUUGCAAGUGCUAAAUGGCACUAAAUAUAUUUUUUGGUUUUUUCUUUGGUUUCUUAUUAGAAAGAUGGGACAAAGAGAUCAGAAUAUACUUAUUGGCUGUUAUUAGAAAAUAAGAAUUUCCCGUUAGCCCCUUUUCAUUUGGAAAAGAAAAAAAUGUGAAGACAUGAAAUUCUCCCCAGUAGAGGUAACUUCUGAUAGUAUUUUUGUGUAUGUUCCCCCAUUCUUUUUCUUCUAUGUACUUUUUUCCCUCUAACAUAGAGAUUAUAUAGAACAUACCAUUUUGUAACCUCACUUUUCAUUUUGCAAUAUGUUAUCAACUCUUCCCUCUUCUUGGAUGUUCUGCAAGAACACAUUGGGAGUGGCUGCGGAGUACCCAUUUUAUGAAUGUUCUGUAAUUUAUUUAGCAUUGUUUUAUUGGACCACUCACCUUGUUCCCAAGAUUUUCCUUUGGUUCAUUCUUUAAUGUGUGAAUAUUUUACUGUCAGUCACUAAUGGAAUUCUUUAGCUUUCAUUGUAAGUAAAUAUGAUACUGACAAUCUUCAGGACCUUAUUUGUUGUCAGUUUAUCUGGAAAACUUAUGACCUUUGGGAAUUUCACAUUGACUGCUCAAGAGAAACAAGCCCUAUCAUUUUAUAUUUCUAAGCAUUCAUUCAUUCUGUGAUCCUCUAGCUGGUCACUUUUGCUUCAGUUUCCCUAUUGAAAGAGACAUUGUUUCAUCCUGUUUAAAGUAAACCUUGCCCACUGGCUGGAUCUGCAGUGUUCCUGAGACAGCCCCAUCGAGUGGGUGGACUGUGUGGAAGAAUCAGCUCACAGCCCUGCCUUUACGUCCGACUGACGCAUCCCAUAAGGCAGUGAAUAAGCCCCUUUUCUGAUCUCUGACAAGAUGCAAGAGCUCUUUAUCUCCCUCACCAACCAGCCAGCUUCGUACCUUCUAAUAACUGGAGGGAGUGUUCAGAGUGUGCUUUGCUGUCAGCCCCAGAUAUUGUUUCUUCAUAGAUAAGGGGGAAUAAGCCCUGAAAGUUGCAUAUUCAUGUCCCAUGGGAUACCUUUUUGGAUUUUAUGAUUUAUCUAAGAAUUUAUGUGUAAAUCUUUAUUCAUUGCAGGGCCUGUUGUAUGAUUUGUAGGUAUCAUUAAGAAGACAGCGCUUCCUCCACAAUAAAGCCUCCUAAAAUUAAUAUUCCUUAGGAUUUGUUUUCCUUUUAGCACUUAAUUAUUACCCUUUAAUUAUAUGCGAAUGGUCAUACUUUUUACAAGCAGAGGAUUAACUGUUAUCUCCCAGGUUAGAACAGGUGAUAUUGAGGCUUUCUGCCAGCUCUGAGGUU